AUGACAACAAGCACUCCAAGAACAGCUGAUGCCAAAGCCUCCAGCCUCUGUGAUCUCUGCAAGCAAAUGCAGGAUCUUGAUCGUCUUACUGACCAUAAAGGACCUAUUAUGCAUCAUAAGAGCUGGACAGCGCUUUGCCAGUCUGCCGAAAAUGGAUGCCAUUUAUGCAAUGCAUUCGUGCAACUUCAAGAUAUGCGACGGGCCCCUGGCAUUUUUGACUCGACGAGGAACUUCGACGAGCAUAUGAGCUGGCCAGACACACAGUUGACGAUAGAGUCGUAUGGGAUCAACUCACCCUUACAUCUACGACAAGACGCUUUAUUUCAUCACCCGCAUCAAGAGGUCAUAUAUAUCUGGUUUGAGCUUUGUCCAGACCAUGACGAUCCGUUGAGUGCCAUCUUUACUGCCAGAAGCAUUGAUUGUAGUUCAGAUUCAGAGAAUUGUCUCGGCCUUCUCGAUAGAUGGAUCAAAUCAUGUCAAGCGGAACAUCCUGAAUGUAUCUGGUCAAAGGAUCACAUUCUUCCGACCAGAGUAAUAGAUGUUGGAUCAGAGGAUAAUGAUCCAUUUUUGUUCGAGUCAAAUGGAGCAAAAGGCGAAUGGCUAACUCUUAGUCACUGUUGGGGUGGCAGCGCACCUUUGCAGACAACAUCUCACUCUUUGCAGCACCACAAAGCCUCGAUCUCUAUGAAGUCGCUUCCUGUGACGUUUCGGGAUGCGAUUAUUCUCACACGGCGAUUGGGAUACCAGUACAUUUGGAUUGACUCACUCUGCAUUAUUCAUAAUAUUCACGAAGACUGGAUAACAGAAUCCUCUCAGAUGUUCCGAGUAUACGGGAACGCAUCCAUCAAUAUAUCUGCGACAGCCGCUCGUAGUCCCAAAGAAGGAAUAUUUGAGAGCGGCAGUGGACAAAGGAAUUAUGCAACUCCUUUGACAAAAAUAAAUUGUCGAAGCGAAACAAAAGGUAUUGAAGGCGUCCUUGGCGUUAGACUUCGAAUGGAUGGCACUGGACCAUUUGAGACCUUCACAGAACCACCCCUACAUCGUCGUGCUUGGGUUCUCCAGGAAAGUGUAUUGUCUCCCCGCCGUAUCGACUUUGCAUCUACCCAGCUCUACUGGGAAUGUCGCACAGUACUGCGCACAGAAGGAUACCCUGACUCUGACGACGGUCACAACUAUCUGACGGGAAGUGGACGACAGCUGCACAAAGCAGCACCGAGGAAAAUGGAAUACAGCCCCGAUAUCUACAAAUUUCUUCCGACUGCCAAAGAUCCCUUAUCUUGGUGGUAUACUAUGCUCAAUGAUUCUUAUCGAGAUCGUGAGAUAACGAUGGAUUGUGAUGUUUUCCCGGCGCUUGCUGGAGUGGCAGAGGAAGUUGCGCGUCGCACCGGCUUCGAGUACAAAUCGGGGCUUUGGUUGGAGGAUUUGCAUAGAGGCUUACUUUGGCAAAGUUCAUACCCAUCAGAGAAAUCGAAGGAUGAUUUUUGCCCUUCGUGGAGCUGGGCUUCGGUCAAACUAGGCUCUCGAGAUCGUCGACUGGAUCUCGAAACUUAUGCUGAGGGUCAUCGAGCAACUAUCUUGGACAUAAGUGUUAAGUCAGAGGGCGAAAAUGAAUUGGGUCGUAUUAGCGCGGGAACUGCCAGACUUAAAUGUUCGGUGAAAGCGUUCAGCGAGUGGAGAGAACCACAAGUGCCCGUCUACAAUGGACACGGCGACGACUUCGUGCGGAUGUCUACACGUUACGUGCAUCCCAAAGAUUUAAUUGCUUCUGAAUCACCACCUACAGGUCAAAUACUAUGUACUCUAGAUAUCAGACCGGAUGAUGUGGAUGCUUGCCUCUCUGACUUGAUUCAGCGAGGUGCGAUUUGUGCUCAGAUUGCAAGCUUCAAGACUCCAGAGUGCCGCAUCAUUGUUUACGACAGAGGAGAAAAGAUCACAGAUUGGGGCGUUGUCAUCUAUGGUCUGGUUUUGGAACCAGUCGAUGAGACUGCUCAGGCUUACCGGAGAAUCGGGAUUGUUGAGAUAGCGGAAGAGGAUGGAUUGGCAGAUGGCUGGGAAACGACGGAAGUGGUGAUUGUAUGA